GGCACCUUCGCGUCAUGUUCUUCCCGCUCUUUGCAUUCGCCGCUGUACGAAUUACUGUCGAUUAUAAUCACAGCGCUCAUGUCGAAUGCCCUUUAUAUCGCAUGCAACAUCGCGAUCGAGGACGUCAUCCACAGAGCCAGCUCCGGCGUUGUUGUCUGGAAUGGCGUGGGCGGGCUGAUCAAUGCGGCAGCGUCAACAGUGCGAGCAACCAGCCAGACCACAUUCAGCGUCAAUAUCACUGGCCGUCAGGUAGGUAAGCAAGCACAAAAUGCUCGCGAUCCAACUCCCAAAGAAACCUCAGACCCCCUCACCCACCCAACAUACGUCUCUCUCUUAACCACGCACCCAAACCAGACCAUAACAAUGCCCAUCUACCCCACCCUAGCCACGCUCCUAGUCUUCAACCUCACGCGCUCCCUCAUCGCAACCAUCUGUUCCUUCUCCAACUACAAUGCUGCCUCCGCUCUCGCAAUCUCCUGGGACGGCGCUUUCGAAACCCGCGAGGGCCUCCGCUCAGCCCUGGUGUGUCAAAGGCGAACCUCCAACUUUGGCGUGCCAUGACGCUCUCCUGCUCACCCACUACUUAGCUACAUACCCCGCGAACAGGCAUACCUUUACCCUCGCUUACCCUCGCU